AUGCACGAUGGGCAGAACAAGCACGCGGCAGAAGUAGAAAGCGCGGACGAUGGGGAAGACACCGCGGAAGAAACCGAAGAAGAAGAAGAAGAGGGAGAGGAAGAGGAUGGGGAAGAGGAAGGAGAGGAGAACGAUAACGAAGAGGAGGAGGAUGAAGACGAAGAGGAGGACGAAGAGGAGGACGAAGAAGAGGACGAAGAAGAGGAGGAAGGCGAUGAAACUGAGGAAGAGGAAGAGGACGAGGAUGAGGAAGAAGAGGAUGAGGAGCCAAAGCUCAAUUACCAGCGACUCGGCGCAGGUAUUGGGGAUAUGCUCAAGAAGGACUCAGCUAGUGCUACGACCGUGUCUGAACGUUUCCUGGCAAUGGGGACACAUUGGGGAGUGGUGCAUAUCAUGGAUUUUGAAGGAAACGAGAAUCAAAAGUUCCAGGCUCACGCGGCAACUGUGAACGACCUGAGCGUAGACCUGGAUGGAGAACACAUCGCGAGUGCUUCGGACGAUGGCAAGGUGGUUAUCAAUGGGCUGUUCCAGAACGAAAACCACGUCUUCAACUACAAACGACCUGUAAAGGCCAUUGCCCUGGAACCUCACUAUGCUCGAUCAACUUCCCGCCGGUUUGUGUCAGGAGGCAUGGCAGGACAACUCAUCCUCAAUGAGAAAGGCUGGUUCGGCAACCGAGAUGUCGUACUCCAUUCAGGAGAAGGUCCCAUCUAUGCUAUCAAGUGGUGCGGGAAUUUGAUUGCCUGGUCUAAUGACCUGGGAGUCAAGAUAUAUGACACGGAGACGGAGCAGCGUAUUACUUUUAUCGAUAGACCAGGAUCCAGUCCAAGAGCAGAUCUGUUCAAAUGCAGAUUGUGCUGGAGAAGCGAGACGGAGCUGCUGAUCGGCUGGGCUGCUCUUGUCAAAAUUGCAGUUGUCAAGAGUAGGCCAAAGGGUCAGAUGAAGGCCGGUUUGCCUGCGCACUAUGUUGAAAUCACUACCAUGUUUCAGACGGAUUUCAUCGUAUGUGGUAUUGCUCCUUUCAAGGACAUGCUAUUGCUUAUGGCAUAUAUAGUCGACGACAUUGAUGAGAUUGCCCAUAUCAGUGGCACAGAACGGAGUGAACGCAAGCUUGCGAAGCGACCAGAGUUACGCAUAAUUAACGCCUACAACGAGGAGAUCAGCUCUGAUGCCCUGACGCUACACGGAUAUGCGCAUUACCAGGCCAAUGACUACAUGUUCGAACAUCUGUCAUCACAAGACAUGUUUUAUAUCGGUAGUCCAAAGGAUCUUGUUGUUGCCAAGGAGCGCGACUUGGACGAUCAUAUCGAAUGGCUCAUGGAGAGAGAACGAUACGAGGAGGCCCUAGGGCAUGCUAGGGAAGCACAGAUUUAUGGAGGCAGCAAGAAGUUCAAUGCUAGUGAAAUCGGACAAAAGUAUCUUGGAUGGCUUCUUGAUCAGGGCGAGUACGAUAAAGCAGCUACUCAAUGCCCGAGUAUCCUUGGCUCGGACGCGGAUCUCUGGGAGCACUGGAUCUAUGCAUUUGCAGAAGCACGUCAGCUCAAGGCUAUCGCAGGGUAUAUACCAUUCAAGGAACCAACGCUCAGUGGCACCAUUUACGAACUGGUCCUGGCUCAUUUCCUCAUGCAUGACCAACAGGUUAGUUUACAAACAGUCAAAAGUUUCCCUCCAGGCCUUUACAACAUCCAAUACGUCAUCGUCCUUGUGGAGGACCGCCUUAGGCAGGACAAGGACAAUGUGUUACUGAUGGAAUCCCUGGCGGAACUAUAUACCCGAGCAGACCGUGCGGAUCGUGCGCUGGAAUACUUCUUGAGGCUACGACGGCCCAAUGUAUUUGAUCUUAUUCGCGAUCAUGACCUGUUCUCAGCUGUUCGCGACAAGGCCGUCCUGCUGAUGGAGUUUGAUCAGUACCUGUACGACCAAAAGAAAAUGGAAAGAGACGAGAAGCAUGCUGAUGAGGCCAAGGAAGCUGGAGGCACACCGUCUGAGGAAAGUCGUCCUCAGCCGACAGCCGAAGAUGAGCUCACAAAGGGACCCGCUGUUCAACUUAUGGUGCAUCACACAGAGGAAAUUCCGAUCAAAAAAGUCGUUUCACAGCUCCAGGCUCACCCUCGACAGCUACAUAUCUACCUGCAUGCACUCUUUUUGCGAGAUCCGCACCUCAGUUUUGAGUUCCAUGACUUACAAGUCGAGUUGUAUGCUGCAUAUUCGCCAGCCAAACUCAUUGAUUUCUUGAGGGCCAGCAACUAUUACUCUCUCGAAAAGGCAUAUCGCGCUUGUGAAAAACGGGACCUUGUGCCAGAGAUGGUGUUCCUGCUGGGCCGGAUGGGCAACAACAAGAAGGCAUUGAUGCUUAUUAUCGAGCGUCUGGGCGAUGUCGAGCGCGCCAUUAACUUUGCUAAGGAGCAAAAUGAUGACGAUCUUUGGGAAGAUUUACUCAAAUACUCCAUGGAUAAACCUCACUUCAUCCGGGGCUUGCUCCAAAACGUAGGCACAGAGAUCGAUCCGAUCCGCCUGAUCCGUAGGAUUCCCAACGGUCUGGAGAUACCAGACCUGCGUCCAGCACUCCUCAAGAUCUUGCAAGACUUCAACCUCCAGAUGUCCUUGCGGGAGGGAUGUCGUCGCAUCCUAGUGAGCGACAGCGUUGCCAUGGCGGAUCAACUGCAGCGGUCUCAGAAGCGCGGUAUUUCUUGUUCAGAAGAAACGUUGUGCUCUGGAUGUCAGGAACCAAUUUUUACCAGGGGGGAGAACCGUUUGCCGGGUUCACCAAUCUCGACAUUUGUGAUGUUCUUCUGCAGACAUGCGUAUCAUGACCGGUGUUUGUUUGCGGACGACGAGGAUACGAUGCCAAAGAUGAAGUCGUCGUUGACAAAGAUCGCAUUAAGAACCAAGGCAAACCAUGCGGCAUUGAUUCGGUCGAAGCGUGGACGCAAGCCAUGCCCACUUUGUGUCGAUCAAGCCAAGGUCGACCUCAGCUCAAAGGAAUAG